AUGAGCUAUCGUCACGGUGAGGAGAUCUAUGCUCUGGCCGGCCCCAUGUCUAGUGUUCUCAAUCAUCUUCCCAUGGAUUACUACCCCCUCCCGUCCUGCGAAACCCCUCAGGGGGGACGGCCUCCCGCCCCACGGAAUCUAGGGGAGAUUAUCGCCUCAGGGACCAUCCGGAGUUCUUCGCCCUACAGAUUCCGGGUUAAUGUCAACGAGUCCCUCUACCUGUGCACCACGGCCCCCCUUACCCGACGAGACGUUCAUCUCCUGGUGGAUCGCAAGCUCAAGGGUUAUAUAGUCAACAUGUUCCUCGACGAUUUGCCUCUGUUGAGCUUUGACCAGGAUUUCUCAUUCAAGACUAUCAAAGGUUUCCUCUUCUCCGACAUGAGCGUUUACCCGGUCGAUCAGGUGUACGUCCGCAAUCAUCUGAAAUUCAGGAUAUCGCUGCACGAGGUUGAAGCUGGCACUGGGAUGCCAGAAGUCGAAGAUCCCCCCCGCCCGUCCGCGGCCUCAUACGAAAUAGUUGGAUUUGAGGUCGUGAAACCGUGCAGUGUCGCACGCCGCCCCGGGGAGGAGUUGAAUCUCAGCAUGUACGAGACGAUCGACCCCCCGGACUGCCGGUGGGACAGGAACAAUUUCAUGGAAGCCAGGCCGGGCGAAAGGGUGACCUUCACCUACGAGUACGUCAUGAGCAGGAACAUCUCGUGGAGCUCGAGAUGGGAUCGGUGCUACGUCGACGAAGGCCAUGAUCCCCUGUUUUCCUUAGCCAGAUCAUCGGGGAAACUGCUCCUUUUUGUGAUAGUCUUCUUCGUUAAACACUGGAGAUCGACCCUGAGAGAACUGGCGACAGUGACGACGCAAACGGUACCGUCAGACGGCGACGGAAGACUCAGGUAAAUGGCCGGAUCCCAGGGUGGAAGCUGAUCGCAGGAGAGAUAUUCAGGCCGCCGAGUUGCCCGAAGCUCCUCUGCGCCGCGGUCGGUACGGGCGUCCAGAUCUUCGUGGUGGCCUUCGUAUGCGUCGCUCUGGGGGCCCUCAGCGUAAUUUACCCGUCCCCCAGCGGAAUCCUGUUGACCUGGAUUUUAAAUUUCUACCUGCUCUUCGGGGCCCUCGGCGGGUACGUCGGGGCACGCCUGUGGAGGAACAUCACUGGAGGCUACGAAGGUUGGACGUCGCUGUUCUAUUCAACGGCAGCUCUGUUUCCAGGCGUAGUCGUCCUCGCCGUCGGCACGCUCUCUUCUUUCCUGUGCCUCCUCGCGCUGUGGGGCGGCGUCUUGUCGCCGGUGACGUUCCUGGGAGGGUUCCUGGCCGCGAGGAGGCGCUCUUACCCGGUCAGCAACGCCGUGAUCCCCCCCCAUCCGAGGGGGGAGGCGGCCGCAACCGCCGGCAUACGCCAGGGGCUUUUGUGGGUGAUGAUCGUCGCUUUCAGCUACCUCAUAUUCGCCGAUAUCGAGCGCGAAUUCCGCUUGGUCAUCGAUAGCCUCUGCUAUGGGCGGUACUACAAAAUCACCGCCUUGACGACUGCGACCGUGCUGCUGUGGGCGAUAGCGUGCAGCACUUACUCAAUCAUCGUGGCUUAUUUUCACAUCUACGCGGGCGACAGCAGAUGGUGGUGGAAAUCGCUCCUGGUGUCGGGCUUCAGCGGAGCGCACGCCUUCUUCAUUGCCGUCCGUUACCUGGGCACCCACUUCCUGGGGCCCUUUAGCGUGCCAGAGAUAAUCACCCUCUGGUACUCGGUGGUGGCGGGCGCUCGGUGUGGCGGUGGCUUCAGGGGCCGUGGGCUUUCUAUCCACACUCUACUUCGUUCGGUUCUUGUAUGCAUCUGCCAAACUAUGA